AUGGGUUGCUUUAAUAUGAGGUAUUAUAUAUGUGAUACUUUUGUGGCUGUUGGUAUAACAGAAACAGCUUUGUACUCAGUUUCUUAUUUUUAUGAUCCAAUAUUCGAAGAGUUUUAUUUUGGAACAUUUAAUACUCUAGUUGACAUAGAAUAUAUUUAAUUAAUGAACUAGUAUUUUCCAGAUUUCAAGUAUUAUUAUUUCAGAUUUUGCUUAUAAAAUACAAAUAAAAUGUGA